AAAAUUAAAAGUUGUCGUAUUUAUAAACGACAUUUACAGCGAUACACAGAACCGUGACGUUAUUACAUUUCCUCUUUUUUUAUCAAACUUUUUUUUUUUUGUGACGUCAGAAAACCUGAGCAGGUGAAGCAUAGCUCUGCACACCUGCCUCUUAUUAACAGCCUGUCUGUCAUUGCCUGCUUUUCAGUUUGGUAACUGCUCGGAAAAGAAGGAAAAUGUAAGGAAAUUCAUAUUCAGAGCGAGUUUAAAAACCAAAACGUAGCCUAAUUAUUUUAUUUAAUAUGUAUUUUAAUCUUUUCAGGAACUCGUUGGAAUACUCCUUUAUAUUUUUUAUAUUAGUGCCUCAUUCGUUUGGAAGAUGCUACGACAUGCUAUUCUCACUUUGUUGGCUGGACACGGAAGACGCUUUAAAUGGGCAAAAUGGAAACUUGUGGCUCAACGGCACUUCGUUGAACUUCAUGAGAAAAGCAGGGCGAGUUACCUCUGUAACGGUGUCUCCAGUUGUAGAAAACAAGGUUGCUUUGCAGUAUGGAGGCUUUACUCGGAGAUGGACCCUAGCAAUCAGCCCACGUACAAAGAUGAUCAAAAUCACAGGCAAACACAAACCCUUAGAGCAGCCAGCAAAUGCGACCAAGGGCUUCCUGGAGUUGCUCGAACCCACUGAGGUGUUUGCAUGUGAAAGUGGCACAACGUUCCUCCACCAGGACGAGAACUUCUUCCUCGCUGUUGGUCAUACGUUGCGCUUCCCCAUCAAACUGGAGUCCAGGAGUCCCUUCAUGUUACUGGUGUCCUGGUUGGUGAACAGUCCAGAAGAUGUUUCCUCUCACACGGUGACCCUUUACCACACUGAAAUGGGAUCCUACAACCCCUUCUUUGAGGACAACACCACCCUGGACCACUACCGUUUCACCGCCUUGGACUCCUGCACUCGCUACGUGGUCUGUGUGGAGCUUGCCCACACUUACUCUUUCACAUGCCUCUCUACUAUUUCAGACCCCGAUGUUCCAAAGUAUUUCGAAGUGACGUCGUGGAGCAGCAGCCGUAUAUCCUUGGCUUGGGACUGUCCUGCAAACCUGAAGUACUCGGUCUUCCUCCUCACGAUCUUCUACCUGAACGGUACAGACCAUGUCACAGAGGAGGCAGAGUUGUGGAUGACCGACGACAGCUUCACGUUCACGCUGUCCGACCUGCAACCCUGUGUCAGGCUGAAAUUUGGCCUGCAGACUGUCUGCCAGUUGGGGUUGGAGUCCCGCUACAGCAGAAUGGUCCUGAAUAAAGGAAACUCUGAUUUCUCCAACAUUUACUUCUUGCACCAGACUUCGUUUGCGCCCAACAAUUACACUCUAAGCUGGGAGGUAAAGAACACCUCGUCCAUCUCCAUGUUCAGAGUUUACCAUGAGGGGGCGCUGAAGGACACCACACUCUUGACCAUGCACACCGUGGCGGGGCUUCUGCCAUGCCAGAAGUACCAAGCCAAGGUGGCGGCGGUGUGUGGUGACAACGUGCUCAUGAGUGUCAGGACAAUCACAGCUCAAACAGGACCUGGCGGCGUGUCCGAGCUCAGGUUUCGGGCCAGUGAUUCCACAGCUGUGUGGACACCUAGCCUCCCUAAUCAGCAGGCGGUGGCCUACAUGUACAAGCUCUCCCUGGAGAACAGCUCCGUCAUCGAGAGCAGCCGUGUGUUCAACAACAAGUUGCCUCUUUCAGGCCUGGAGGCAGGAAAAGCCUACAUCCUGGACAUAUGGGAGGAGUGCAACGGCCUGUGGGCGUCUGAACCGUCCCGUUUGGGUUUUGAAGGAGCCAAUUCAACGUUCGAGAUUGACGUCAGGGCCAUUGAAUCCCCUCACAACAAUGAGCUGCAGAUUGAUUUCAACAACAUUGGUCUUAAGAUGGUCGUUCCCUGGUCUCUGCCUGAUGAUCAACAGAAUGACCCGUCAGAAUCUAGAGCCAAGCUGGAUCAGAUUUUAAAGACUAAGCUGGAGGAACUGUUGAAGGACUAUGAGCGGCCAGCCCGAAUUGAGCUGGAUUUUCUGGGACCUGCAGAUGAGCCAGCAAGGACAGCAGUUCUUUUUAGGUCCUUUGAUGCUUCUAACACAAACGUCGACUUACCAGUUGACGACCAGCUCAGACACAUUGGCUCUCUCAACAUGUCUGACAUCAGUGUAGAGAACGGAGUCAUUUACUGGGAUGGUUCAAACUUGUGUGCGUCCAUGCAACCUUUCUGUCCCCGUAAUUCUGUGUGCGUCAACAGUCUGGGCUCAUACAGGUGCGUCUGCCAGGACGGUUACUAUGACGUCGGCUCUUUUCUACAUCUGCCUGCAGCUUCACAUCCAGUCUGCAAAGAUAGAGGACUUUUCAGCCAGUGUCUGGAGAGAGUUAUGAUGGGUGGAAUAGCAAAAGCCUACCUGACCUCUCUGUUUGGGGGAAAGCUGGAGGUGAAACUGAACGACGGCCAGUGUCCAGUGAAUGAGACGGAGGUUGUGUACUACUUCAACACCUCACGGCAUCCACCAGGGUGUGGAAUGGAGAAAAAGGGGAAUAAAACCCACGUUGUGCUCCAAAAUACUCUGAGCAUCAGUUUGAGUAAAGAGCAUACAAUCAGCCGGCGAGAUCUCAAGGUUGUCUGGAAGUGCAUCUACCCUCGACACUAUGUCCGAAACGCUCAAGUCGUUGCCAACAUGGAAUGGCUGUCCUCACUCUCCCUGGUGAAGUUUAACUCAUCGGUACUGCUGGGUCUGACCAUGUACUUGUUUAAGGACGAGUCUUACAGCCAUGCUUACACGGAUCCCGUAGAGCUGGGACAUGAGGACACCUUGUACUUCCAGGUGGCUCUGCAGACCAACCGCUCGUUUGCCUCGGAUGUGCUGCUGCAGGUGGAGUCCUGCUGGGCCACCGAGAGCACCGACCCACAAGACUCAGUCCAGGCUGUCUUUCUUGAAGAUGGCUGUCCCACUGACAACACGUUCCAGUGGCUCUCUGCUAACGGCCUGGCACAGAGGAGCAGGUUUUCCAUCCAGAUGUUCCACAUGCCCAAAGGCUUACCGCUCUACUUCCACUGCCUGACCAACGUAUGUGGGCAUAAGGAAGACUGCACUCGGAACUGCAGCAUCCAGCAGCGCCCAAAAAGGUCGGCGGGUCAGACGGACAGACAGGAGAAACAAGCUGCUGUUGUGUCUGCUGGACCGCUGACGGUCAGCAUGAGGGUGAAGUCCAGCCAUCCGUCCGACUGGGCAGAGCACAUGAGCAUGGUUAUCAUUGCUGCAUCAAUAAGCUUUUUAGGAAUCUCUGUGCUCUCACUGACUGCUAUUAAGGCAGUAAUGAUGUACUAUGAGAAGCUACGGCUUCAAUAAACACCUUGAAAUCACCUCCCAGAGCUUUUUGUGUUGGUGUGACCAUGGAAACUGCUCCCCCGCAGAUCAAAGCCUUUAACUGUUAUCUGAAAGCUGUUUGAGGGGACAGGCGGGUUACAGAAACAAAACAUAGUUAAUAGAAAAUGCCAAAUUUUGAUUGCUGUGGUCUACCUAAAUAUCCUGAUGCUUUUCCAUGCUGGUUAAUUAUUGAAGUUUAAAAUAUUGGAUAAAUAGACAGGAGUGAUUUUAAAGGUCUUUUAUUUUUCAAAUACUUGUUGCACUGUAAACUUUGGAGGUCAAGGAAAAACCUCCAAAGUUUACAAAGUGGAGUAAAGUGUAAGAAUUCAUAAAAGGUAAAAAAAAAAAAUAAAUAAUCAGAUCAAUACAUAAGAGACAAAAGCCAGCAAAAUGUUUAUUUGAAAUUGAAUUGCUUUUAAAUGUCUGAAUUUCUGCUCAGGGGUCUUUACUCUGAAACUGAAGUAAAAAUCAUAACCUCCUUGUGAAGAGAAUUCUCUUUACUCUAAUUUUUGUUUUAUGUUUUCAUGUUAAUACUGUAAGUUUGCAUAUUUGUUUAAAAAAAAACAUUUCCUACUAUAGUGAUGCUGAUGAAGAAAAUAGAAGCUAACAGUCACUUUUCAAUUAUUGAACAAAAACGCAGUUAAAAAAACUAAUUUUUUAAUUUUUUAAUAUAUAUAUCAAUACAACCAAGUCUUUUUAAUUUUACACAACGCCUUUUGUUUUGUUUUUUAUAAAAAAAAGGC